AAAAUAACUGAAAUACACGCACACGCACACAGGCACAUGCACACACAUACACACACACGCACUCAGAUGAUUAGAAAUGUACUAACACUAAUGAUUGUUAGUAAGUAAUUUACUUAUCAAAGUGUUAACUAUACACACAUAUUUACUAUUCAAGUAUUUGUUAUACAGACAUGCCUACUCACAUUGGAUACACUCAAUGUAGUUCAUGAUAUCUAAUUAUAUUGAUAAUGUAUAUCUACAUUUCUAUACAGAUUUAUACAAUAAAUGAAUGUUACAUACCUAAUGUAGGUUGAUCAUCAUAUGAUUAUUAGAAUCUGAUGAUUUGUUUGUUAUUUUGUUUGGAAUUCAUUUUAUGUAUAUAAAUCAAAUCACAAAUUCUUGAAACAUUCUAUACAUCGUCUAACUUUAGUUCUUCAAUUCUUCUUCAAUUCAUUCAACACUUCAAUACUUCAAUCCUUUGACAAUGUCAAUAAAUCAAUUAACUCAAGAACAAUGGGAUGAUCUAUUUCAUAAAUAUAAAUCAUUACGUGAAUCUAAUAAUAUUGCAUGGGAUGAUAUAAAAAGUGCAUUAGAACUUGUUGGUGUCUCUUUAGCUGGUCAUGAAAUAAGAGAUUUAUUAGGACAACAAAGAAAUUGGCUUAAUCCAGAUGAAUUUCAUGAAUUAUAUAAAAAAGCUAAAGAUAUGAAAGAUACAACAAAAGCUAUUAGUAAAGCAUUAUUAUUAAAACAUGCUGAAGAUGUAAAGUCAUUUACUGUUGGCAAAAAUGAUACUGAUACUCGACAUUCAGUUAGUAAAGCAGAAGAACGAGGUUUUACACUUUGGAUCAAUAAACGUUUGGGUCAUGAUGUAGAAUUACAAGAUGGAAUUCUACCAGUUGAUCCAUCAGUUGAUGGUCAAUUAUAUCAACGAUGUAAAAAUGGAAUAUUAUUGUGUAAACUCGUCAAUGUGGCCAGUCCAAAUACUAUUGAUGAACGAAGUAUAAAUAGAGGACCUAGUUUGAAAAAUGUUUUCAAUGUUCAUGAAAAUCUUACACUGGCUGUUAAUUCAGCUGCUUCUAUUGGAUGUUGUGUAGUAAAUACUGGUCCAGAGGAUAUUAUGCAAGGUAAACGACACAUUGUUCUAGGAUUAAUUUGGCAAUUAAUUCGUCGUGGAUUAAUCGAUACAAUUACAUUGAACAGACAUAAAGAAUUAAUAGCUUUAUUACAUGAUGGAGAAACUGCUGAAGAUUUAUCUACAUUAAAACCAGAAGAAUUAUUAAUGCGUUGGGUUAAUUAUCAUUUACAUCGAGCUGGUUGUGAUAGACGUAUAACAAAUUUCAAUUCUGAUUUAGCUGAUUCAGUUGUAUAUGCUCAUUUAAUGGAACAAAUUGUUCCCAUAGAUAAACGUUGUAAAUUAAUGUCUGCUAGUGAAAUUUUAAGUUCAACUAGUCGUCAAGAAAGAGCAAUGAAUGUAUUGAAUAAUAAUGAAACAUUGGGUACACCAUUUACACUUUCACCAGAAGAUAUUUAUUUAGCUGGAGAAAAGAAUAAUGAUAAUCGUGAUCGUUUAAAUUUAGCAUUUCUUGCUACAUUAUUCAAUAUGUAUCCAGGUUUAGAUGCACGUCGUGAUGAUUUUAUAGUAGAAGGUGAAACAUUAGAAGAAAGAACUUAUAGAAAUUGGAUUAAUUCACUUGGUGUUAAACCAUAUGUAACUCAUUUAUAUACUGAUCUUAGUAAUGGUUUAGUAUUAUUACAAUUAUUUGAAAAAAUUAAACCUGGUUCAGUCGAUUGGUCAUUAGUGGAUCAAGAUUUUGAUCCAAAACGUCGUUUAUUUCAAGAAACAGGCAAUUGUAAUUUAGUUAUUGAUUCAGCUCAAUCAAUGAAUAUACGUUUUGUUAAUGUCAGUGGUAAAGAUAUACAAAAACGUGAUCGUAAAUUAGUAUUGGGCGUGUGUUUCACAUUGAUGCAAGCGUAUAUAUUUAAAUUACUUCAUGAAGUAAGUUUUAUGAUUCAUUUAUAUGUUAAGUUUAUUAUUUAAUGACUUAAAAUGAUAUUGAGAUUGGAUUUCUUCAAAUCUACCCCUAUACUAGGUGAAAUGAACAGUCUAGGUAGCCUGUGGUUGAGUUUACACGGUGCAUUUCUUAACCAUCUCAGUGGAUGAAGAUUUAUAAUUCACGUUGUAUCUUUUGUCUAAUUUCAGCGUCCCUUACUUUACCGUUACACGUAGUUUAUACUAUUAUAAAUCAUAGUUUACACUCAUACAGUUACUCCAGGUGGUAUCGAUAUUCCACAUGAUGAUCGUGAUAUAUUAACAUGGGUGAAUGGACAAAUGAAUGAAGCUAAAGCUAAACCAAUUCAUAGUUUUCGUGAUCCAGCAUUAGCUACUGGUAUACCUAUAUUACAAUUAUUAGAACAUAUUAAACCUAAUUCAACAAAUAAAGAAAUAUGGUUAGGUAAUAAUGUAGACGAUGCAUCUAUACGUCAAUAUGCUAUAUCUUGCUGUCAUAAAGCCGGUGCUCGUGUAUUCACAUUACCGGAACAUCUUGAAGAAUUAAAUGGUAAAAUGAUUUUAACAUUAUUUGCUUCAUUACAAUUAUUAUAUUAUAAUUUAAAACAAAAAGCUGAAAAUAAACAUAAUCGUACGAAAAAUACAGAAUUAAAAUGGUUAAAAUUAAAUGACGACAAUAAAAUUAAUGGAACUGAAUAAGAGAAAGAGCUCAAAACAACAAAAAAAAACUAUUCAUCAUUGACCUUCAAUGACUAUUAGUUUCUUUUCUUUUUUUCUUUUUUUCUUUUCUUUUUUUCUUUUCUCUUUUUUUGAACAUUCACAUGGAUAUUGUAAUUCAUAUUGAUUUUGAAAAAGAUGAAGAAGGGGGGGGGGGGAAACUCAGUCUCUUUGUUGCUAACGUUUAAAUGAAUCAAAUUGUUUAUAGAAGAAAAAAAAUGUUUUUUUUCAUUUUUCUCUAAAAAAAAGAAAAAAAAUAGAAAAAAAAGAAAACUGAAUUGAUUUUUGAUGGAAUAUUCAUUUUAGUCAAGACAUACUUUUUUCUUCUUUUUUGGGGGGGGGAGGGUUUGGUUACUUAGAGAAUUUGUUUAAUUGAAUGUAUCUGAUUGUUUAGUAAAUGAAAUCAAAUGAGUUAAAUCACUUACUUGUUUGAUAUGUAACCUUCUUUUGUUUGUUUUUUUUUGUUUUUUGUUUUUUUUAUUCUCUCCAAAAAGUAAAAAAACUUCAUUUGCAUUGUUUUGAUAAACUAAUUAAUCAAAUAAAUUAUAUAUUUUCAUUAAGC